GAAAGGCUGCACCUGCUAUUGGAUCAAUCUGCUGUCAAUCAGUCAGAAGCCACGCCCAUCCAAACGCGCUCUAGAAAACCAACGACAUUGACAGCAUUUCCUACUCUUGUUUACCAACAUUUCACGCAAGCUGCAAAGCUGUGGUUUGAUUCUCUUAAAACUUUCGAGAUGGCUUCAAGCUUCAGGAAACCCAGCGCCACCACGAACCAGCGGAAGAGAGCAGGUCCCAAACCAGAACUGACAGAGGAACAGAGGCAGGAGAUCAAAGAAGCGUUCGAUCUGUUUGACACAUAUGGGUCUGGAAACAUAGAUGUAAAAGAACUGAAGGUUGCUAUGCGAGCUCUGGGGUUUGAGCCGAAGAAAGAAGAGAUAAAAAAGAUGAUUGCUGAUAUUGAUAAAGAAGGAUCGGGCGUAAUCAGCUUUAAUGAUUUCCUUUCUAUGAUGACACAGAAAAUGAGUGAGAAGGACUCAAAAGAAGAAAUUCUGAAGGCUUUCAGGCUAUUCGAUGACGACUGCACCGGCAAAAUCUCUUUCAAAAAUCUCAAGCGAGUGGCCAAAGAACUCGGGGAGAACCUCACGGAUGAGGAAUUACAGGACAUGAUCGACGAGGCCGACAGAGAUGGUGACGGAGAGAUUAAUGAGCAGGAGUUUCUACGGAUAAUGAAAAAGACCAGUCUGUACUGAAUUCCUCCAUCGCUAAAGCUAGUAUAUCUAUAAGCCUCUGAAAGGACUUGAAGUGUUGUUUUGUGUUGCUUUCUUUUUUCUUUUAAAGGUUGUAAAAACAUUUUAAUGUAUACAUAUUUUGUGCAGUAUUAAAUAAAAAUGUAUUUGCAUCUGUGUGGUCUGUCUCCACAUAAUGAUCGAGCCCAAAGUGCACAAUG